CAUUGGUCUCAUCUACGCUCUUGUCGCUUUCAGGUGGGAUGUGGCAAUGCCUAAAAUCAUUCAACAGUCAAUCUCAAUUCUCUCUGAUGCUGGUCUUGGUAUGGCAAUGUUCAGUUUGGGGUUGUUCAUGGCCUUGCAACCCAAAUUAAUCGCAUGUGGAAAUUCCACGGCAACUUUUGCAAUGGCGGUGAGAUUCUUCACAGGACCAGCGGUAAUGGCCGUGGCAGCAAUGGCUAUCGGAUUACGCGGAGACCUAUUGCGUGUGGCCAUUGUUCAGGCAGCAUUGCCUCAAGGGAUUGUGCCGUUCGUGUUUGCAAAGGAGUACAAUGUUCAUCCAGCAAUCUUGAGUACAGGGGUUAUAUUCGGAAUGCUUAUCGCACUACCGAUCACACUUGUUUACUACAUUUUACUCGGGCUAUAAGCUAUGUUAUGGAGAAGUUCUGCUCGAACUGAAGAGGAUAAAGAGAAUCAACAUAAUUCCAAGUUCAGUGGAACGCAACUAGUCAACUAGAGAAUGUAAUGUAACACAAGAGGAUUAGUAGAAAUUUCUAGGGACCAAUAUUUGAUUUGAGGAUCCAAAAACCCUGUUCUUGUCUAUAUAUGUAUUCUAGAGAUUAUUUGAGAAAGAAGGGGAUGGAAAAUGAGUAAGACAAGAGGAGCAAAAGAAGGGAAAGCGGACAAAACAGAGGACUAAGAUUUGAUUUGAGGAUCCAAAAACGCUUUUACAUUUUCUUUUCUUUUUGGAUAAGAAGGACACAACCUGUUAUCAUAUAUGUGAUUUUGCAAUAUUUUCUUUUA